AUGCGCUUCCCUCCGACCUCGGUUCCUACCUCCUUGGAGCUAAUCGGCAACACACCGGUAGUACGUCUGCGUCAUGUCGUUCCAGAUAAUUGUGCGCGUGUCUUCCUGUUAAUGGAAUCCUUCAACCCAACUGGCUCGUAUAAGGAUCGUAUGGCAAAGUCAAUGAUCAAUGAGACCGAGCGUCAGGGACAUCUGAGGUCAGGUAUGACGGUUGUGGAAGCUACUGGUGGAAGUACAGGUUCCUCACUCUCCUUUGUCUGUGCCGUAAAACGGUAUCCAUUCCAUGUCGUGUCGUCGAAUGCAUUUUCUGUCGAGAAACUUCGAACUAUGACUGCUUUCGGUGCAAAUCUUGACCUGAUUCACACUCCCACCGGCAAAGUCACUCCAGAUCUUAUACCCUCUAUGAUACGUCGCGCAGAAGAAGUCAGUGAGGCCAAGGAUUAUUACUUCACCAACCAGUUCAAAAACCGGGCAGCUCUUCUUGGAUACGAGACCAUUGGCCACGAAUUAGUCCAGCAGUUUCCAGAGGGAAUUGAUCUAUUCUGCGGUGCUGUUGGCACUGCUGGUAUGAUGAUGGGAGUCGCGCGGGCCCUGAAAGAAAAGUGGCCAGAAACCCAUGUUGCCGUUCUUGAACCGGCAUCUUCACCUACAAUAACCGAAAGCCGUCCUGGAACGCAUCAUGUUGAAGGUAUCGGUAUCGGGUACAUUCCGCCGCAUCUAGAUCGUCAGUUAUAUGAUGAAGCACUUCGAAUAUUGGAACAUGACGGGCGAAGCAUGUGUUGUCGCCUUGCCAAAGAAGAAGGAUUGCUCGUUGGGACAUCCACUGGUCUCAACGUAGUGGCCGCGAUCAAACUGGCAAAGGAGAUAGGACCGGAUAGAACUGUCGUCACUGUAGCGGCAGACACGGGACUCAAAUAUCUGAAUGGAAGCUUGUUCGCCAAUGGAUGA